CAGGCCUCUACUCUUAUGUUCAAAAUUAGGGAAAAUAUGUAUUCUCAAAUGUAGGCUCGAGUGUUGUCUUUAUGGCUGAUAUACAUAAUAUUAACCAAUCUGCUAUCUCGAGUCAAUAGACUAUACAGUAUUUCCUUUUUUAAUGGACACAUUUUGGCUCAUCAGCACCCCCAGAGGCAAAACUUCUAUCUUUAACGGAGUAUUCAUUAGGUAAUAAAGGUAAUAAAAGUAACGUUGCUUUUUUUGUCUUGCAGUAGGCUACAAUAUUUUUCAAAAGGAAAUCAACUAAAAUCGAACAGAGCCAUGUUAGUAGUAAUGUAGGCCGGCAGCUUGGAGAGCUUAUUCUUUUCUAUGACUUCUAUUUUGGAAAAGGUACAGGCGGAACGAAAAUUGAGUCCAGUCUUGGGUACCGGAAGUUUUGGGGAAGUAGAUCGAUGUUUCUUCGCUCGUUGGGGAGCAGUUUUUGUUCUCAAAUUAUUCUGCGCUUUUACAUACGUAUAUUUAUAGCCAUGGAUGCAUGUGGACUAUCUAAAGACGUCAAUGAUCCAGUUCUCAGUCUCUCUUCUCUGCACCUCCUGGUUCCACCCUUGCGGCUCCUGUCUGCUGCCAUGUGGCAGGUGGCUCAGCAAAGAGAUGUGAGGCACUAUGAGAAGUUGGAGGAGUUUGUGACUCUGGUGACAGAGGCUAUUCCAGAGCUGCUGAGCCACAGACAUAGAGCUCAGCUCAUUCUAGGUCUGAGAGCACGGUUGGUUCUGGAGCUGUGCCGAGGCCCUGCCGACCCUCAAACCAUCCAACCUUACCUGGACAGCAUGCCCACUGUUACUCCAGGAUGCACAGGAUACAGAGACGCAGAAGUGGAAGCAUCUGAAUCAAAUUUUGUGGUGCUUGUCCAAUCACUGCUGAAGGACCCAAUUGAGAGGGAGUGCUUCUUUCAGGAGGUGUUCCCGGAACAAUAUGGCCGACAUUAUGACACAGCGGUGCAGACGUUAACAUGGGAGUUCCUCUCCAGACUGGAACAACUGUUUCCAGUACCAGACCUCAAGCAGACCGCGACAUGGCUCAGCUCUGCCCCUUCAGUCCUGGAGGAGUGUAUGCAGUCUACCCCAGAGAAUCUGAACCUCAUUUUCCAGCACCAUAAGAGUUUUGGACAUUUAAAAGAACCUUUUCUUGUCUUCUCUCGUUCAGCUGCUCUCUCCUCCUCCAUGGGCGACAGCAUCCUCUCCUCUCUGUCCACCCCUAAAAUGGUGGUCACUACUGAGCCGACCACUUUUGUCAUCCGGUCAGAGUCGUCACAUAACUCGGCAGACGUGCUGGGCCCCAUGUCUUUAGAGGACACUGAUGCGGUAGUAGUAACAGUUUACACUGAAGUGGAGGUUGGAACAGAGGUGGAAGAAGAGAUUGUAGAGACGAUGAACGAGGAAUACGUACCGUCAAACGCCUCUCCACUGCGGGAGGAGGUGGUUGAGCUUAAAGCUGAGGAUAUGAAUCUGGAGAUGACAGUCGUUGAAGAAUAUGGCUACGUGGGGGAGGAGAUGAGUGCAGCCGAGGAAGAGAUGGACACAUUCAGUGUUCCGGUGGAGCAAGCAGAUGAAGCCGUUAAUAUCAGUGAAGACAUUGGAACUGGGACAGAGACUGUAGCAGCCAAAAGAAAUGUCCAAGAUGAGGUGGUGGCAGAUCAGGAUGGCCAAUCAGAGACUGUGAUUGUAUGUGGGAACCAGGAAGGGAAGGACACGUCCCAUGUGGUCAACUUUCAAACCCAACAACCUGCGACGUCAAAUGUGAGGCGGUCUACACGGCUGCAGUCGAAGACGCCAAGAACUUGGAGGAGGAAAAAGAACACUGAGAACAAGAACAACGGUGAGGCCUCAAGCAUGGUUUAUGUCAACUCACCCAGAGGAAGAGAAGCCGGUGGAUCUGACAAGGUGACCCCUUUACCUGCCCGAAGUGUGCCUACCACAGUCUGGAAGAAAAGAGCCUUCACCUCCACAUGCAAAGCAUUCACACAGAGGAGUACAACAAGCCCAAUGUGUCUGGGAAAAACAGAGCAGAGGUUUCACUAUGUCCUGACAACACUGGCCAGAUAUUCACAUCAAUCAAACCUCUCCUUUCUUCAAAAACUUUAAGACCUGAAAACUCUGAGAAUCAAACCGGUAAUGCUGGGAUUCCCACAAAAGCAAAAGGCUACCAUAAGUCCCACACAUGCGCCACGUGCGGUAGGCUCUUCACUCGCUCCUCCGAUGUGAGGAGACACCAGCUCACCCACACGGGUGAGAGACCUUUCCACUGCUCUCAAUGCGACAGGACCUUCCAGCAUUCGUGGGACCUGACCAAGCAUGAGAAGAAACAUGGUGGGACAUCCAUCUCUUUCCCCUGCCAGCAGUGCGGGAGCUCCUUUGCAAACCUCCGCUCUCUGACAGCCCACCACAGAAGUUCCCACCUGGGCGAGAGCGACCUGCCCCACCUCUGCUCCAUCUGUGGCAAGAGCUUCCCCUCCUCCUCUGAGUUGCUGGAGCACAGGAAGAGCCACGGGACCAGCCUCCAGUACAUCUGCCAGCAGUGUGGUGAAAGCUUCCACUCUCUGCUGGCUCGCUCCCAACACCGGCAGACCCACCUGGUCAAGCGGCAGUUCAAGUGCCCGCACUGCGACAAGAGCUAUACGCGCAAAGCUGAUGUGAAGAGGCACAUGUUCUCCCACAGCGGCGAGCGACCGCACCAGUGCAACCAGUGUGGGAGAUGCUUUUCCUUCCUCUUCCUGCUCAAGAAACACCAAAUAGUUCACACGGGCGAGAGGCCUUUCCAGUGCUCCUACUGUCCGAAGAGGUUCACAUUGAUAUCCAUCCUGAGCAGACAUGAGAGAAUGCACACCGGGGAGAGACCCUUCCUCUGCUCUCAGUGUGGGAAGAGCUUUCUGUCCCAGGGGGAGCUGUCCAAGCACCACCGCUCCCACACUGAUGAGAGACCGUACGCUUGCAAUCAGUGUGACAAGAGGUUUAAGAGCAAAAAAUCCCAACAGGAACAUAUCAUCUCCCACACCGGCGUGCGCCCUUACCCUUGCUCUUACUGUGGGAAAGGAUUCACCAAGCCAUACGCUCUGACCAGGCACCAUCUCAUACACACAGGGGAAAGACCAUUCCCCUGCGUCCACUGUGGGAAGACAUUUCUCACCCCCGCAGAGGUACAACUACACAUCCGCAUUCACACCGGGGAACGCCCUUACCCCUGCCCUGAUUGUCAGCUGAAGUUUAGGAGUUCGUCAGACUUGGCACGACACAAACGCUUUCAUACAGGGGUGCAUACAUUUGUCUGUAACCAGUGUAUGAAAAACUUUCCCACCUCGUCCAAACUGAAGAAACACAUGGAGAACCACUCGGGGUCAGAGGCAGUCCAGAGCUCAGACUUUGGAGAAAAUUCCAACCAAGCGUGAAGUAAGGGCAGCAGCACAAUUGGCAAAAAUGGCAGACACAAUUAAAGUAAAUUUACCUUCACAGCUAUUAUAUUCUACAAUGUCUCUGUCAAGGAAGGUCUUUCAACACCAUUAGAACUCUAAGUUAUCUUGUCAGUCUGGCUCGUGGCCAUUGAAACAUAGCUGUCAAUUAUUAUUUUGUCUGAUCAAAGGGGGUUGCAACUCAAUCAUGUCCUUGACUUAUUUUAUUGUAAAACUAAAUCAGUGCUAUGAUCAUCCAAUUAGUCAAUCAGUAGCUGGUCUAUUAGAAGAGCUAGUAAAUUAAAAUGUUUGUCAAUAACUUUUGAAGAAUGUCAAAGAUUAGUAAAAUGUUCUGUUACGGUAAUGAACCAGCCUUAGGUGGAUGCCAACUUGUCUCCUUGUCUUUUACAGUUCCCAGCACAAUACAUGUAUUUUGUUCAA